AUGAUCCGUUUGUCUAAGAAACUCGAGAGGGUGAACGCCAAAGACACAGUUGGAUGGAUUGAGGACAACGCUAAACUGUUGAAGGCAGUCAACCACCGUUAUGAAAAGCUCCAUGUGGUCGGCGAUGGGGGAACUGCCAACCGAGGCGUCCUCGUUGUGGGCGAAGACAAAAAUGAGGUCGCGAAGCACUCUGUCUACGAACCCCUGGAGGGUUUGGGCAUCGUUACGGAGUUGAAUCGGCAUGCGCAGGAACUCAAAGAAGUCAAAUGGGGGUGA